AGGUGGAAGGAACACGAUGGCUGGCAAGGUCAUAAGAGCGUGUCUGCCCUGUGCUUUUACCAAGCUACAUCACUCCAACACAUCGUCAUCCGUAAUUUUAGCCAUCACCACAGCUCUUUGUUUUCUUGGCACCUCGCUUUGAAUCAUUCAAUACCAAAUACUCGGAGUCAGACAAAAACACCAGACAUGGCUAACAACAAUGCCGACAACGCGGCCCAGGACCCGCAAGCGCAACAGGGCUCUCGAGGGCAGGCCGCCAAAGAUGACGACUGGGAUUUCGAACAAUUGGGCAGCCACAUCCAGGUAACACACAUAGAUGGGACCAUCCGGAGUGUGCACAAGGAUGCUCUUGGUAGAUCGGAUUCACCAGACAGUGGUAGGGUCUUCCUGAUGCUACUGGCUCAAUCCUUGGCUAGCACCGCUGCUUGGCUAGGAUGGGUAGCACCCGCGAACACGAGCUCCAUCGGCUUCCUCCUUGUGGGCCGACUUUCGGAUCUGUACGGACGGAGGUGGAUCAUAGUCGGAACCUCCCUUCUUGGAGUCGCUGGCUGCAUCCUCGGGUCCUUUGCGAAGAACGCCGAGAUGCUCAUCGCCGCGAACAUCUGCAACGGAAUGGCUGCCGCCGCUCAGUUGCCUCUCGGGUUUGUUACAGCAGAACUCGUGUCGAACAGCUCCAGAACAACGAUGGUCUCUGUUGUUACUGUAUUGCCAUUCCUUUUUGCUAUUUUGGGCUCUGCCACAGCCCCAUAUAUGUUGAAUGAUAACAAUCCUUCACAAUGGCGUUGGGGUUACUACACAGGAAGCUUCUUCGCUCUCUUCUCCUUUCUCUUGUACUUUGGGCUUUACCGCCCACCUUCGUUCAAGCAGCUCAACGUCGUUGGGAAGACCAAGCUCGAGAUGGUCAAGCAUUUGGACUUCGUCGGCAUCCUUCUUCACAUCUCUGGCUGCGUUUUGUUGCUGCUCGGGUUCUGUCUAGGGGCCUCCUCAUACCCUUCUGUUGGCAAGGAGAUCAUUGGCACCCUAGUCGGCGGGAUUGUAGCACUGAUCCUAUUCGUAUUCUACGAAGCAUAUUCUACCAUCGAACAGCCUCUCAUGCCCCCAAAGAUGUUCAAGAAUGCUCAAUUCACAAGUCUUGUUACAUGUGCGACUUUCGCCUCGAUGAUUUUCUACGUUCUCACAAUCCUCUGGCCAUUCGUUAUCGGAAAGGUUUUCAAUAACGACUGGCGAGAUAUCGCUUGGUAUGGCUCACUGUUACCCUUGGGUGCCACCUUCGGCCUAUACGCGGCGGCUUUUCCGAUACUGCGCGGUCCCUAUACCAAGAUACUGUGCACGACAGCGGCAGUUAUGGUUCUGGGUUUCACGAUUCCCUUAUUCAAUAUAUCGCCUGGCGGAAAACUAUUGCUAACCGUUGCGUUGGGUAUGUCAGCGUCCUUUGCUAUUGGUUACAUUGUGGCCAUUGCCAUCACUGGCGUCACCCUUAUUUGGGAGGCGCAAGAUAUAGGCCUCGCAUCAGGAAUUCUCGGUUCAGUGUGCAGCUUGGGCUGUGCUUGCGUGAGGACAUUGUUCACCUUAAUACUGAGAAAGAAGCUAGAGGAGGAAUUGCCCAAGUUCAUUGGUCCAGUGGUCUUGGGUGCUGGCCUGUCGGCUGAUUCAUUGGUACAGCUAGCCGCCGCCAUCAAAGAUAGCGCAACGAAGAACGGAAAUUCCACCAACCUGUCGACAUACAAAGACUUGAACUCAACAACCAAGGCUGCAUUAACCAAAGCGAUCCAAACAGGAUACGCCAGUUCACUUCGAUUUGUCUUCCUCGCCAUCAUCCCUUUUCCUGUUGUCCUCGUUGUGGGCGCUUGUUUCAUUCCAGAUAUGAGCAAAUUCAAUACCAGGAGAAUUGCAAGAAAAUUGCAAGGUUCCAAAAAGGGCAUGCCCCAAAGCAAUGAGGAAGGGGUCGAACUGCCGGGCCUUGAACUGCCUAUGCUCGGCCGGCGUGCACCGGCAACAGAGGCCGCCUGA